AGACUGGCUCACUAACAAUUAAACUGGAGGCAAAUUAUUAAUAAUGUCAAUCAAUUGCUUAAAUUUAGCACUCAAUUGAGCAACAAUCAGCAAUGGAUUUUAAGAACUUCGUUAAGCCAGCAAACGGCGAAGCACCAGAAAAUGGUAACGAAACCAAAGAGCUACAGUUUUGGAAACAUGUAGAGUAUAUUGAAAACCACGGAAAACAGGAGGAUGAUUACGAAUAUUGCAUGACGGAAUUUCUGCGCAUGUCUGGCAUUUACUGGGGCGUCACAGCACUGGACAUAAUGGGUCAGCUGGAUCGCCUGGAGCGCCAGAGCAUCAUAGAGUUUGUAAAGCGCUGCCAAUGUCCCAGUACUGGAGGCUUUGCGCCAUGCCAGGGACAUGACCCGCACAUGCUAUACACUCUGUCUGCUGUGCAGAUACUUUGUACCUACAAUGCGCUGGAUGAGAUUGAUAGCGAGGCUGUUGUGCGUUUUAUAGUGGGUCUGCAGCAGCCUGACGGCAGUUUCUUUGGUGAUAAGUGGGGAGAGGUGGAUACGCGCUUUAGUUUUUGUGCGGUGGCCACUUUAACGCUGCUCAAUCGCAUGAAGCAAAGCAUUGACGUAGAAAAGGCAAUUAAGUUUGUUAUGUUGUGUUGCAAUCAAACCGAUGGCGGCUUUGGCUCCAAGCCCGGGGCUGAGUCACAUGCAGGACUUAUCUAUUGCUGUGUAGGAUUUCUGUCGUUGACGCAACGCUUGCAUCUGUUAGACGUGAACAAGCUGGGCUGGUGGCUCUGUGAGCGCCAGCUGCCUUCGGGUGGUCUCAAUGGCCGUCCCGAGAAGCUACCCGAUGUUUGCUACUCGUGGUGGGUGCUCGCAUCCCUGACCAUUAUGGGUCGUCUGCACUGGAUUAGCUCAGAGAAGCUGCAGCAGUUUAUUUUAUCGUGCCAGGAUACGGAAACAGGCGGCUUUAGCGAUCGCACUGGAAAUAUGCCUGAUAUAUUCCACACUCUUUUCGGCAUUGGCGGUCUCUCGCUGCUAGGAUACGAUGGGCUAAAGCCUAUUAAUCCUACACUCUGUAUGCCGCAGUACAUCAUCGAUAGAUUGGACAUUACCCCACAACGUCUGACAUCGAAUUAGUUUAUAAGCUUUCAAAAGUUGUAGCCAAAUUGUUUAACUUAUAGAACGAACCUCACAGACCUCCCCCAAAAAGUUGAUUUCCUUUGCAAUUUAUUCCACACAUCUUUAAUUGCUUCUUUGUUAUAGCAUUUAUAUUUAUAUGCGUUUAACCUUAUUGUA